AUGCAAUUACCAAGAUUAGUAUGUGAACUCAGAAAUGAAGUUGAACUGCUGUUCAAGAGAGACCACGUUAGGCAAAAUGAGUUAGUGCUGACAAUUCUUGAAUGUAUUGAAAAAGGGGAAGCACCAUUUUCCAAUGAGGAAUUUGAUACUUAUGUCUGCAGCAAUUUAAUCAAUUUUCCACUUUCAAGCACAGAGUUUGGAUUGGGAAGACAUAUAAGGAUGAGUUCAGCACCUGAUCCAUCAAAGAAUUCAUUCUUCUUAGUUGGUGACAAGAUCAAGAUCAAUGGUGGUGUUGAGGCACGAGUAAUUUUAGAUGCUCAACAUAGGUCUGCCCUUGAAUGUGAUGAAGAAUUCCUUGAGUUUGCUAUCCCACUUCCAAGUCAUUAA